GUCAUUUCUUCAUCCUACACUUCAGCAAGUCUCUUGUGUAUUAUGGGUUUGGUAGUUCCUGGUUCCAGGGUCAUCCGCUGAGCUGCCCUGUGUUAUUAACAUUUACGUCGUAUUCAAUUAGGGUUUGGGUUUGGGUUUUCUGAUACUUCGUCUGCAAGUUAAUCAGUGACUCUUUAAGUUCCCCAUGAAACAAGUGUAGACCUUGUCAUGGAAUUCCUUGAUAAAGCGGUUUUUGGGUUUUCCUUCUUCAUGAUUUUUGUUAUAUUAUAGUUUUUCUCAGUUAGGGUUUCAGAGUUUUUGAUGUCCAUGAUAGUAAAAACAUAACACGCUGUUGAGAAUUUGCAUUGAGAGGUUAUGAUGCUCCUGGUAUUCUAGAGAGAGAGAGAGUCAGGGAUCAUCCAAGUGAGAGAAACAAACAUUUAGGGUUAGUUUUCCUUUACUUCUUGCCACUUCGUAGAAUGGUUAUCGGUACUUUUUACAAGUGAGAGAAACAAUUGUCAAAGUCAGUAUUUUUGAGUUUCUAGUGAGAAGAUUCAGUGUUUCAUAAUUCCAGUGAGAGAAACUGUUUCAGAUUCUAGUGAGUGAAACCAUCAUUUGGCAUGGCUGUUUCAGGAUUCCUAGAGAGAGAAACUACCAUUGAAGGUUAGCAUUUCCCCAUUCCUUUCUUUAUAAGAUGCUCAUCUCCUCGUCUUAAACCUUUCCUGUUCCUCUUUCUCUCUCUCUCUCUCUCUCUUCAUUCUUACAAAUGGAAACCCCUAAGAAAACGGUCGAUACACUCUGCGAUUAUUGUGGAGAAGAGAAGGCCGUCCUGUAUUGCAGGGCCGAUAGUGCAAAGCUCUGCUUGUCUUGCGAUCAACAUGUCCACUCUGCAAAUGCUCUAUCCAAAAAACACUCUCGCUCUCUUCUCUGUGAUAACUGUUCCUCUGAACCAGUGUCCAUGCGUUGUUGCUCUGAGAACUUAGUUCUAUGUCAAGAAUGUGAUUGGGAUAUUCAUGGAAACUGUAAUUCUGUGUCUUCUCAUCAUCGUCAAUCUAUAGAGGGUUUCUCUGGUUUGCCUUCUCCAUUGGAGCUUGCUUUGCUAUGGGGUUUUGAUUUGAGCGAUAAGCCAUCGGAAAAUGGGUACUGUAGGAAUGAACCCCUAACCCUGAAUCCAAUGGAGUCGAUGGUCACGAUGGACUCUUGGAUCUGUAAAUCACCUGUGAAUCUCCAUGAUUUGAUUGUUCCUAGUGGUAAUGUUGGGCUGCCUGCUUAUCUUGAUGUUCCUUGUGUCCAGAUUCCUUCUCUCUCUAAGGACCAGAAUCCAACAUGUGGGAAACGCAAGCAACUGGUGUUUCAGCAGCUUAUGGCGCUGUUGAAGCAUGACUUAUCAAAUUCAGAUAAAGUCCAUGGUGAUCUGGAGUCUCCAACCAAUUUGGAUCCUGAUACACCUAAUGGAAAUUUCAAUUCGAGAAAUCUUGAGCCCCCAAAUUCACGAGAUGCUGAUCUACUCGAUGGUUCAUUGCAGCAUACUCCAUUCACAUCUUUGCUUAUGUAUCCACACACUACAAAUUUCAAGGACGAGCAUCUCAUUGACGAAGAUGGAAUGUGGGGAUGCAGUGUUCCUGAUCAGGCUAAUCAGACUUGGGAUUUUUCUUCAAUGAGAGUCAGAGAAAACGAUGACCAUACGGUGCUGGAAACUGGAUAUGGUAUUCAUGAUGCAGCUUUUAGGAUGAAAACUUAUAAUGAGUUGGUUGAAGGGACAUCCUUGGGAAACACAAAUUGUUUAGAAGACUUGUAUGACUUGAAUUGCUCUUCAACACAAGAUGAUAUAUCAUCCUCCGAAUUCAGACUUAUUCCCUCACAAGAUCAAAGAACUAUGGACUUGAAGAACAAAUGGCACAAUAACUCGACCAGCAUGGCGAGUAAAGAACAACCACCAUCUGGGAGAACUCCCACACCUCUUCUAAGGACCUCAAAAGCCUCCUUACCCCAAUCGACAACCAGUUCAAGGGCCAGUGAUAGCCAUGCAAAUGAAUCUAGCCCUCUUGUCAAAAGUGAUACAUGGAGGACUCCUUUGAAGGUCGACAGCGAGCUCUUAACCAAGAACCGUGGCAAUGCCAUGCAGCGUUACAUGGAGAAAAAGAAGACCCGCCGGUAUGAUAAGCACAUACGCUAUGAGUCUCGGAAAGCAAGAGCCGAUACCAGGAAGCGAGUUAAGGGGCGUUUCGUGAAGGCAGCUGGAGGCAUGGGUGCUGAAGUGGGCAGUUAAAUGAUCUACAUUGCUUCUUUGUAUCAUAAUUUGUUUGUGUAUUUUGGUUUUUGUGAGGAAUAAAUGAUAUGCCAUGUAAGUUUCGGGGUUAUUUUUAUCAAUUUAUAUUAUGUGAAUUUUUAUAUA